AUGAAACAAAUAACAAUUCCCAAACUAGAAUUAUGCGCCGCUUUUUUGCUAGCAAAUCUUUUCACAAGUACCUGUAAAUCGUUGAAAUUAAAAGUAGAUAAGAUUCAAUUGUGGUCCGAUUCAACCAUUGCACUGUAUUGGAUAAACAGUCCGUCUUACACUUUGAACACAUUUGUGGCCAAUCGCGUUUCAGAAAUUCAGACACUCACCGAUCCACAUGACUGGAGACAUGUUCCCACACAUGAGAAUCCAGCAGACCUUAUUUCAAGAGGUCAGACUCCACACGAAUUUUUAGUAAACAAAUUUUGGCAAUAUGGCCCUCAAUGGCUCUGUCAAGAUUAUGACACUUGGCCUCAAGUGCAGUUUCAUCAGGGCGACGAUCCUGAGAAACGCAAAGAUCCCAAGAUUAUUUCUUGCAAAAUCACAAGCUCUGAUUGGAAUAUUUUAGAAAAAUAUUCAUCCAUCAGAACUCUAAAUAGGGUAUUAGCGUAUUGCCUUCGUUUUAUACGCAAUGCGAAAAAUAAAGAUAAAAUUUCUGUUCCAUUAUCAGAAGCUGAACUUGAUGCCUCACAUCUUUCGAUUCUGAAACUUACACAGUCGGCGGCAUUUUCAAAAGAAAUACGGUCUCUUUCACAGGGUAAAAACAUUGGUUCAGACAGUAAACUGCUUUCUUUGAACCCCUUUCUGGAUAAAGGAAUUCUCAAGGUAGGUGGUCGUCUCGAAAAUGCUAAAAUUCCAGAGAAUCAAAAACAUCCCAUUUUAUUACCACGAAAUCAUCACAUUAUUCGAUUUAUUAUACGAGAAGAGCACCUCAAGCAAAUGCAUGCAGGUUCUCAAGCUACUCUGUACGGAAUUCGCGAAAAUUACUGGCUAAUUGAUGGUCGAAAUGUCACACGUCAAAUAAUUCGACAAUGUAUCACAUGUUUUCGAGCAAAGCCACGCGGUGUCAAUUAUAUUAUGGGAAAUCUGCCUGAGAAUCGAUUGUUCUCAACUAGACCAUUUCUUAAUGUCGGGGUUGAUUAUUGUGGACCAUUUCACAUUAAAGAAAAGCGCCAUCGAAACCGCAAGAAGGUAAAAGCUUACGUCUCAAUUUACAUAUGUUUUGCAAGUAAAGCCGUUCAUCUUGAGUUAGUUAGCGAUUUAUCAACUGAAGCAUUCAUCGGAAGUUUAAAAAGAUUUUUCGCUCGUCGAGGAAAAUCAAAAACCAUUUUAUCAGAUAACGCGACAAGUUUUGUUGGCGAAAGCAACGAAUUAAAAGAACUCUAUAAUUUUAUUCAAUCAGCACAAAAGGAUUCUGCACUGCAAAAUUUUUUAUCACGCGAAAGGGUUACAUGGCAUUUUAUCCCACCACGAUCUCCGCAUUUUGGUGGCCUUUGGGAAGCGUCCGUCAAGUCUUUCAAACACCAUUUAUUGCGCACAGUAGGUGACAAAUUACUGACAUACGAACAAUUAGAAACCUACAUAAUAGAAAUCGAAGAGAUUCUUUACUCUCGUCCUCUUUCACCACUCUCUUCCGAUCCUAAUGAUCUCCUUCCACUGACUCCUGGCCAUCUCCUGAUUGGUAGCCCUUUAACCAGCUUUCCACAGACAGAUCUGCGUAACGUAGCUGCCGGGCGAUUAUCAUCUUGGCAGUUUGCUCAACAGAUGAGGCAUCAUUUUUGGUCUAGGUGGCAAAAGGAGUAUUUAAACCAGAUGAUCAGCCGCAGUAAGUGGCAAACAGCCACUCAUCAAGACGACAUCAAGAUCGGAACUCUUGUCGUUCUACAUCAGGACAAUCUUCCACCCAUGCGUUGGCAGUUAGGUCGCAUCGUAGAAUUAUAUCCAGGACAAGACAAGAUUGUUCGCGUCGUAUCAGUGCGAACGAACGCCGGCGUUUAUAAAAGCAGUUUAAAGCGACUGUAUCCGCUUCCAAUUCAGCAUGUAAGAACGACAAUAUAUUCGAAAUUUUGA